GGUUUGGUGUACAAUCUAAAUUCGUUUCAUCGAAUACAUAUUGGUUUGGUAUUCAGGUUUCUAUUCUAUUAGGUUAAAAGGCAGAGAUUUGGGUUAACACUGCCGAUGCGCAAUUAAUCCCAACACAGGAUGACGUCUAUACCGAUCCUCGUUUUCAAGGGAAGUCACUAUGAACUUGGGUACAAGAUUGGAACCACAUUUAAGAAUGAAAUUCGAAAAACUCUGCUAGAGUUGCAUAAAGACAACCUUCAAAAAUGUUUAGACUUUUAUGAAACAAAAGCCGGGAACGUGUUUUGCGAAGGGUUCCUUAAGGCCGGAUAUGAAAGAUUUCCACAUAUUAUGGAAGAGCUUAAGGGCAUGGCAAAGGCCACUGAAAUUCCUUUACAGAUGAUGCUGAUAAACAAUUUGGAAAGAGAAAUUCUUGCUAAAAUAACACCUAUGGAUGAAUCACCGGGGUGCACAGAUGUAUUUGUCAAUAAUGGGACGACGAGGGCAUGGGGUCAUAACGAAGAUGGUUGGCCUGAAAUGAAGCCCUAUACCUUCUUUGUAAUGGCAAACAUUGACCCCUAUAUUUCUACCAACGGUUCCAGCUAUCCAAGAGAAAAAUUUGCUGCUCAUUGUUACCCCGGGAAUCUACCAGGUUGGGAUUUCGGUUUUAAUUACCAUGGAUUCGCAUAUUCCAUGAACAUUCUCAUGCCCAAGGAGGUUGGAGUCAACACAGUUUGUGAGGUCGUUUUGAUGAGAGGGAUGCUAUCAUGCUCGUCCGUCAGUGAAGCUAGAGAGAGGAUUCUACAGGAAGGAUACGGAAUUUCAUGUGGCCUUUCGUUCCAAUUCUCUAUGGUAGGGGAAGAUCAUAUUUACAAUAUUGAGUGUGCCCCUAAUAAACCAAGGUCAUUGAUAAGUGAGAUCGUCAUUAAAGCCGGUGGAGAACACACACCGGAUGGAUUCUUCGUAAGAUCUAAUAACUACAUUCACAUGCCUGGACAACAAACAACGAUUCCAUCAGUGUUUGAGAGGGAGAAAAUAUGGAAGACAUACAGCCCGACAUCUAUACAGGAUAUCCGAACCUUACUCGGAGAUACCCAGCACGCUGAAUUCCCAAUAUACCGCACUGGAACUAAGAGCGACAUCUGGGCAACUGUGUGUACAGCUGUGUUCGACAUGAACAAAAAGCACCUCAUGUUCUUCAGAGACAACCCUGCUACUACAGACCAACUGCUUACUAUACCAUUUGACAUAUUGAACAUGAUUUGGUGAUAUUUUGAACAUGAACUGGAAAUAUUUUAAACACCGUCCAAAAUUUCAGUUUUGAGGAAAAACAAUUCCUUUAGUGAUAAGGCUACUAUCGAAAACUGUUUCGACGUGAAAGGCUUUGGUGGAAAGUGAUCGUAAGGGGAUUAAGGACAAUAGUUAAAGGCAUGUUACUGUAAAUAGACUCAUUAUAUGAACAAAAAUGAUAAAUUUAUUAACUUUGCUGAAUUUUCAUUGUAUGAUAUUAAUGUUAUGAUACAAGGGGCGAUCAACAAAUAACGCAAAUAGAGCCCUAUCUCAGAAACUAAUUAAUUGGAGUUAGAACACCAAAUUUAAUACGUAGUAUCACCAAAUAUUCAUUAUUAUUGCAACAAUAUCUGAGGCACAAAUAUUACUUUAUGUCAGAGUUACGGUUGCCAUAGAAACCCGUGGUAUGGGCACUUGAAGCAGGUCGUGAAUCAUAACAAUACGGUAUUGAACGUCUGUCUAAAAUGAGUUUGAAAGACGAUGUUAAGUCAUACUUUGAUGUUAUUAGGGUGUAAAUCAAUUCUGAAAAGUGUCUGUUAAUUGAUGUGAUCUACUUUUAAUCGUUAUUUCAUAAUGGCUAGCCAACAAUAGCUUUGUCAUUAGGCUAUACAUGUCGAUACCCAACGAUAAGAUGACAAAAACCACAGGCAUUGAGGAAAUCAAAGUCAAGUCAGCCAUACUAAAAAAUGGUAGUAUUGAAAACUUAAGUCAUCAGACUUCCAUAGAAGACAGAGAGAACUGAUAUAAUGCUGU